GCAGUGUAGGCUAGAAAAGAGCCAAACAAGAUUCCUUAGUACACAUGAAGGAGGGCUACUUGUUGUAGAGGCUAGAAAAGAGCCAAACAAGAUUCCUUAGUACUGUACACAUGAAGGAGUUCUACUAGAGGCUAGAGAAGCCAAGAAAAAUGUCGCCCCGAGGCGGUGGAGACCACUUGGGGCAGCGUGCGGGCUCUGCCUCUGGCUCCGAAGGACGCGAAUUUCCUUCGAUGUAUAGCACCGCAAUAGAGCAGCAUUAUUUGGAAUCCAGCAGUGUUAAUGCGGGAGGCAGAGUCCGACACCAGCUGGUCCGGGGACCCAGGCCUGGCGAGGACAUCCCAGAGCCUCAGGUCACGUUAGCUUUUGUUAAGGUUCGAAGAUAGCGAGGUGACGUCUUGAGUUGUAAAUACUUCUUCUAUCAGUAUCACGUCGAUAUCGAUUAGACAGUCCAUUAUAGACCGUCGCACAGCUGUGCUCUUUAUCAUGUCUUGCGACCUCUAAUCCUCUCGAUGUCUUGGAAGCGCUGCACAAGGGUCGCUCGGAGGCUCGGAUAAUGGAGCUUUUCGCUGAGAAGGACUACCUCUACCGCCAAGUUAGUGGCGAGGAAAAUUACAUGGAGGAUUUGUCGGAGGUGGCGUGUCGGAGUACAGACAGUAAUGGUUGGACUUUGCUCCAUUGGUGUGUGCAGAACGACUACUUCCAUGUCGCGUGCGCGUUGCUAAAACUGGAGAUGAGGAGUAACUGCAUGCUAGAAGAGAGCUAUCAGGAAAUCGGAGGACAGAGGGGAGCGCAGGAUAGGUGAAUUUCUACUUUCUGAUUUCUUCAUUAAAAUGCCAUUUGCAUUUCUUUGGAUAGUUCAAGAAACCCUAUGCUUUUACCUGAUUCAUUUGCAAAGCCUUCCAUCAUCCUCAGAUCACGAUGACAGAAUCGUCCUCGCUUCCCUAUUUCGAUCCCGAAACGCAUCCCAAAACGCAAGAAAAAAAACAUCUAUUCUGCAGGCACGGCCUCACCCCAGUAAUGCUUGCGUGUUAUACUGGUGCUCGAAGGAUGCUGGACUUGCUAGUGAAGGGAAACGAGGCAGAAGAAGUGCCUCCACCGGAACACUAUAACUUUUAUGUUCUUCUUAUCCCUUCUGACUCUUCCUUUCCACCAUUUAUACUCUUCUCUCUCUCGUCCAUUUCUUUCUCCCGUCUUCAUCACGACCAUUGUGUUUUCCUUUCCUUGAUUUUUCCUUUCACCCAUUUUUUCAUACUCCCUUGCACCUACGGAAUAACUAUGAGGCGACGUGUCUCCACUACUGUGCGAUGCGGGAUCGAGCCAAGAUGAUAGAACUGAUAGUUCACCUAGAACCUUUGUUGCUGAACGCGGAAGAUCGAAACGGCGAUACACCUCUCCAUCAUGCGUGCAUUCACAUGUUUCCAAGUACUUGUUAUGAUUUUUUUGUGUGUGCGUUUAAGAUUGGUCCUUCUAACUGCGAGGUUAGUGAAGAUAAAGUUUACCUAUUAGGGUUUGGGUUUAGGGUUUAGGUCGAAAACUCAAAAUAACCGAGUUACUGACUGAAAUAAGGGAGGCACUAGCUUAUAGCGUCAAGGCUACCUUUCCUUCUCAUCAGUAUCUCGGUUAUUCUGAUCAGUUACUCGCUUAUUUCAGUUUUUCGCGUACAAUCUAUCUCAUACUCCAUUGUUAUGAUUUUUCUUGCACAUCAACACUGAUGUGCAGUGAUUAUGUACUGAAGAUACAGGGAACUCCUAUGAAUGAUUGCCCAAAACCCUAAACCCUACAGCUUCGAUUCUGCUCUUGCUGGAACUAGGCGCUGACGCGAAUGCUCGGAAUAAUAUUUCGAGGCUACCUCUAGACCUAGUAAUCGCCUCCGACAGGCCAGAUCCUCGUGUAUUGAGGGCAUUGCAUGACUACCAUGACCGCAAUUUGCCGCAGCUGCUUACAUUAAGUUUCUGGUCCACAACCUCUACAAGGUUGAUAACUCAUCUUCAUCCUGGACAUUUAUUUUGUGCAAGUGCUUGGAGGGGGAAACUAAAGCUUCAAAAUGAUGAUCUAGAGCUGAUACGAUGAAUAAUUUGUUCUGUACUAGAAGGUGAAAUGGUUCUAAUUGUACUAGAAAGUGACAGUUCUAAUCAAACCAGCAGAGGUGCGACACGAAGUGAGCCGAUUGUGUCGAGACGAGACGACACGACGAUUCGUCAAGCGGCAGCUGGUCAAAAAAGAGCAGCAAAUGCUAGAAGGAGGCUCACCAGGGAGCGGACAGGAACGAGCCAUGCAGCACAUGCAUGGUAGGAGUAUCGAAGGCAGCCAUCGAACGGCGAAUGAAACUACAGACACCACUUCUCAGCAGCACUACAGGAACAACUACAACAAUAGCAGUCAUGGUAGAAAUGUUGGGGGUAACCAUUACAUAGGAGGAGGCGGUCGUGGCAAUGAGGACACUAUUGUUCUCUCAACUCAGCAUCCUACUUUGGAGUUCGCCAGGCAGCCAGGCCAGCAAGAGGACCUAGAGGGCUAUGGAGCGAGCUUUCUGCAUCCUACAACACUUAAGGCUCAAAAUACUUAGACUUAAGUCAUUUUCAAGUGCUAUUUUCGUAUCCUUCGUAGGAUCUUGAGAAAUGAGCCAAGGAAAUGAAACGUUUUCGGCUCUAACAAACUUGGCAACACCUUCAUCUCCGAGGAAUAUCAAUCAGGUGCUCCUAGGGGGUCUGAAAGCCUCCUAACGAAGGAGGGAGGCGGAGUGAGCAAAAGCUUCCGUAGUAGUACCCAAGCAACACAGGUGAUGACGCAAACAGGCGAUCAAGGACAGGAUGAAGAUGGAGUAGCGCAUUACUGAGAACUGCAAUCUGCUAGCACUUUAGCACUACGAGAAUGUGACACAUCCUAGCUAGCUAUUCAAAUUAAGCGCUACUACAACACAUGACGAAAAAUUUUACAUGUUAUGAUUAUGCUGAACAUCCACAACUUACUAGUUUCUCAGAAAAAAUGUUAACACCAAAAAAUGUCAUGCGCAUUAUUAUUCAUCUAUCUUACGUCACAACAAGCUUGAAAUACUUAGUCGAAAUUCUAAUUCCACUGUUAUUUGAGAACUAUUGAUCCUCGUAUUCCAAUACUAUUCCACAAAGCUAAAAUUAACAUGACCAUUCUGAUUUGAUAUUGAUACCACAUCAUAGGUAGUUAUCUUCAACACCUGUACUUCUAGAGAACUGUAUCAUCUAAGAUUGAGAUUCUUUCAUGUGAGAAGCUAAAUUGCGUGAGUGCUUUCAACUGCAGAAAAGGAGCACACUGGCUGCAGCAUAUCGAUCAGACUAAAAUUCUAUGCUUACGGCAGCGACACAAACCAAUCUAUCAUGCAUGUGGCGGCAUCAAAAAAAAUCAACAUAGGACUGGCAAAAGUGAAAUGUUCAAGAAGGAGGCCACAAGGACAAUACAUAGAAUAAGGAAAACAUCUCAACAUAGGAAAUCCAAAACUAUUUUAUUCAUAAUCUCUAUGUUCUACCCUAGUGCGACAGACGCAGGGCCCACGCAGCGAAAUUCUCAGUAGGUCUGUCGACGAAAUUGAUGAAUCUGUCC